AUGAUCGAUCUGACAACAACGGCUUCUCAAGAAAGUGGACAGUUAGGCGACUCUGACAACGGGCUGAUUUGGAUGGGGAGUCUCGAUUUUUCAAUGGUCGCCCACCCAAAUGAUUUUAACUUACUACUGACAUCGAAACUCGUUGGUAGGUGGGAGGACAAAUAUCAUCACCGACAGAUAAUGAUGGCAAACGACUGUGCCGGAGCUAUUGGACAUAACUGCCGUAAUAACUCGGCUCUCUUCCCGGAGGGAUUCAGCAUAAAACCUGCUUCGGCUCCAUGUGCUGCUCAGUCAGCGCCUUCGCUGGACUCGCCACUCAUCAUUCAUUACCCACCCGGUACUGGAAGAUCCCCGCUUACCCACGUAACUAAAUCAGUGCAUUCACUCGCGUCCACUAUUUGCGAGGAUAAGCCGUCACCACUCUCAUUUGGUCGUGCAGGAUCCUUUGACUGGCACGAGCCCUCUCCCUUGUCGCGGAAGUCCACCGAGAACGUGAAGACUGCUCCUGUGCGAGCUUCUGACCAGAGAGACUUUGCUAUUUCUGCUCAAAUUGGUUCAAAGGCAAAAAAUAAUUGUUGCGCGGUAUCGGAGUUGCCGUGCUCAAGUUUACCCACACACAGAACGCAGUCGGUGGGUUUAACGAUAACACAGCUUCAUAAUAGACAACACCCCAGAAAGGUAACCAAAAGUUUUCGAGCAUACGGCCGUCGGAGUUCUGAAACGAGACCCGAGGACGAAAAGCCCAUGCCUGUACACGAAGAUUACAUUGAGAACACAAACACUCAACUUAAGAUUUUGGCCGGGGACCAAUACGCAAAAGUAUUGGCCGUCUUGGAUAGUGUAAUACAGGAAGAACAAGCCGCGUUCUCGUGA